AUGAAUAAUCAAAUCGACGAUGAACAGAUAACAAUGCUCCGGCGGGCGUUCAGCAUGUUCGACUCCAGCAAGCAGGGCCGGAUCGAGAAGGAGAAAGUGAGGACCAUCCUGAACACGAUGGUGCACAACUACGAUGACAAUGAACUGGACCAGUUCCUGGAGAACGAGGACGUUGACGGUUCAGGAAAACUUAACUUCGAUUCCUUUGUACGAGUGGCGACCCAUUUCUUGGACGAAGACGAUGAAGCUUUACAGAAAGAGCUUAAAGAAGCUUUUAGGCUGUACGACAAAGAAGGUAACGGAUACAUCCCAACGUCAAGCUUGCGCGAGAUCCUGGCUGCAUUGGAUGACCAACUCACGCCCGAUCAGCUCAACGAGAUGAUUGCUGAGAUAGACACUGACUCCUCGGGCACUGUGGACUUCGAUGAGUUCAUGGAAAUGAUGACUGGCGAU